AUGUGCAGUGUGGAAAAUGACCAAAUUCACAUCAUCUACAAGGAGGGUUUUGGUGUUUUUCUAAACGGUGAUCUUCCAGAGCCACCUUUUCCGAGUCCACCAUUUCCAGGAUCUAAAGUUGUUCAACGGAGGAAAAAGAGACAGGCGUCGCGUAUGUCACGUAAUGUUGAGGAUGAGACCAAAUACAUUGAGUUGAUGGUAAUCAAUGAUCAUAUAAUGUUCAAGAAGCAUCGGCUUUCACCGGGGCACACAAAUAACUAUGCUAAGUCAGUGGUCAAUAUGGCUGACAUGAUUUUCAAAGAGCAGCUCAACACACGGAUAGUCCUAGUUGCCAUGGAAACCUGGGCAGCAGACAACAAGUUCAACAUCGACGAUGACCCCAUGGAGACACUGAAGGAGUUUAUGAAAUAUCGAAAAGACUUCAUCAAGGAGAAAUGUGAUUCGGUGCACCUUUUCUCUGGAAACCAAUUUCACAACCACUGGGGAGGAGCAUCGUACAUGGGAGGAGUCUGCUCUCUCACUAAAGGAGUUGGAAUUAUUGAAUAUGGCAAACCCGAGGUAAUGGCCAUAACGCUGGCUCAGACUCUUGGACAAAACAUUGGCAUCUUCUCUGAUCAGAAACGCAUCAUGAAUCGUGAGUGCCAGUGCGAUGAUCGGUGGGCAGGCUGCAUCAUGGAGGAUAUGGGCUACUAUCUGCCCAAGAAAUUUUCCAACUGCAACAUUGAAGAAUACCACAACUUCCUCAACAGCGGCGGAGGAGCCUGUCUGUUCAACAAACCAAUGAAGCUGUUGGACCCUCCUAUUUGUGGGAAUGGCUUUGUGGAGCCAGGGGAAGAAUGCGACUGCGGGAGCCCAGCUGAGUGUGCAAUAGAGGGAGAGAACUGCUGCAGACAGUGCACCCUGACGCAAGGCUCCAAGUGCAGCAACGGACUCUGCUGCGACAACUGCCAGAUGGCAUUUUUGGGUGCCGUUUGCAGAGAGGCAGUGAAUGAUUGCGACAUACCAGAAAGCUGCACCGGGAACUCAGGAGAGUGUCCGCCGAAUGUGCACAAAAUGGAUGGUUACUCCUGUGAAAAAGAACAGGGACGCUGCUUCAACGGUCGGUGCAAAACCAAAGACAGACAGUGCAAAUUCAUUUGGGGAGAGAAGGCGACAGCAGCAGAUGAAUAUUGUUAUGAGAAGCUCAACAUCGAAGGAACAGAAAAAGGAAACUGUGGGAAAGACAAAGAUACGUGGAUCCAGUGCAAUAAACAAGAUGUUCACUGUGGAUACCUGCUGUGCUCAAACAUUUCUCCUGCUCCACGGCUCGGUGAGCUGCAGGGGGGCCUCACCUCCUUCACUGUGGCUCAGCACAGCGGCUCUCUGGACUGCAGCGGGGCUCAUGUGGUGAUCAAUGGAGACACAGACCUGGGGUAUGUGGAGGACGGGACGGCCUGUGGGACCAACCAUCUCUGCUUCAACCACAAGUGUCUCCCACUUCAGCAGUUUAAUUUCAGCACCUGCCCUGGAACCACCGACAAAGUCACCUGCUCUGGACACGGGUUGUGUAGCAGUGAUCUGAAGUGUGUGUGUCACCUGGGCUGGGCGGGCGACGACUGUAACUCCACUUCUCCAGUGGGAUACCUCGCCGUGGGACCCACCGCUCCCGUUUCAGGGAUCACCAACACAAACAUCAUCAUCGGGGCCAUUGCGGGCUCUGUCCUGUUCCUCGCGCUGAUACUGGCGGUCACAGCCUGGUGCUACAAGAGUUACAAGCAGAGGCGCUACGUGGAGUCUGAGGUCCACCGAAGAUUCUGCCGGCAAAUCCCUCCUGGAGACUAUGUGACGAAGCCGAGUGACGCAGACUCGUUCUACAGCGACAUGCCUCCAGGCGUUAGCACCAACUCAGGCUGCAGCUCCAAGAAGAGGUCAGCCUGCCUGUCCCACCUGCAGCUGUGCACCCUGUCCUUCACCCCCUCCAUCCCAUCAUUCUCACAGAACCUCUCAGUGUUUGGCUUCAGAUCCAAUGGGUUGUCCCACUCGUGGAGUGAGAGAAUCCCAGAUGCCAAACAUAUCUCUGACAUCUGUGAGAACGGCCGGCCAAGGAGCAACUCCUGGCAAGGAAAUCUGAGUGGCAAUCGUAAGAAACUGAAAGGGAAGAAGUUUCGUGCUCGCUCAAACUCCACAGAGACGCUGUCUCCUGCAAAGUCCCCCACCUCCUCUACGGGGUCCAUGGGCUCGAGUAGGAGGUAUCCGUACCCCAUGCCCCCGCUGCCCGAUGACCAGAGAAAAGCCCGGCAGAGUGCCAAGCUUUGGGAAACAUCAAUAUAA